AUGGAGGACUCCCGGGAGACGUCACCCUCCUCCAACAACUCCUCCGAAGAGCUCAGCUCUGCCCUGCAGCUGUCCAAGGGCAUGUCGAUCUUCCUCGACAUACUGAGGAGAGCAGAUAAAAAUGAUGAUGGAAAAUUGUCCUUUGAAGAAUUCAAAGCAUAUUUUGCAGAUGGUGUUCUGAGUGGAGAAGAAUUACAUGAGCUCUUCCAUACCAUUGAUACACAUAAUACCAACAAUCUUGACACAGAAGAACUCUGUGAAUAUUUUUCCCAGCACUUGGGCGAAUAUGAGAAUGUGCUAGCAGCACUUGAAGACCUAAAUCUUUCCAUCCUGAAGGCAAUGGGCAAAACAAAAAAAGACUACCAAGAGGCCUCCAAUUUGGAACAAUUUGUAACUCGAUUUUUAUUGAAGGAGACCUUGAAUCAGCUGCAGUCUCUCCAGAAUUCUCUGGAAUGUGCCAUGGAAACUACUGAGGAGCAAACCCGUCAAGAAAGGCAAAGGCCGACCAAGCCAGAAGUCCUGUUGAUUCAGUGGCCUGGAAAGCGAUCAAGCCGCCGAGUCCAGAGACACAAUAGCUUCUCACCUAAAAGCCCUCAGUUUAGUGCCUGUGGUCCAGGCUUAUUAGAAGAAGAUAACCAGUGGAUGACCCAGAUCAAUAGACUCCAAAAAUUAAUUGAUCGACUGGAAAAGAAGGAUCUCAAACUUGAACCACAGGAAGAAGAAGUUAUUGAAGGGAAUACUAAAUCUCACAUCAUGCUUGUCCAACGUCAGAUGUCUGUGAUAGAAGAGGACUUGGAAGAGUUCCAGCUUGCUCUGAAGCACUAUGUGGAGAGCGCUUCCUCCCAGAGUGGAUGUUUGCGUAUUUCCAUACAGAAGCUUUCCAAUGAAUCUCGGUACAUAAUUUAUGAGUUUUGGGAGAACAGCAGUGUGUGGAAUAGCCACCUUCAGACGAAUUAUAGCAAGACAUUCCAAAGAAGCAACGUGGAUUUCUUGGAAACUCCAGAACUCACAUCUACUAUGCUAGUUCCUGCUUCAUGGUGGAUCCUGAACAACUAGAUGUUCCUAGACAUUUUCUUUAUGGUUCUAAGUGCAAAACAAGUAUUCUUAUCUAAAAUGUGAAUUAGAAAAUUCUCUGCAGUUACUAAUCUACUCUAUACUUUUAAUAUAUUUAAGAUGUGCACUCUUCUAAAAUGUCUUCUAUAUCUUUCAUGUGAAGCUUAGCUAAAUUUUUGAAGUUAACUAUUCUCAAUUUUUGCUGUUUUGCUACAUUGUAACCUAAAACCCUUUAGUGGCAAAAUCCUAAUAUGUAAAAAAAAGUACACAUAAAGGAAAAAAAUUGUGAAAAAGAAAUGAUAAAAAAUAAUUGAAGUGGAAACUUUUAGAGUAUCACUGCAUAGGCUAUAGCUUUUGUAGAUUUGUCAUAAACUAUCAAGAUUAAAUCAGUGUUUUGUCAUUUUUAAGUAACUGAUUUUCUGUGAAUGAACUUUAUUCUUUGGUAGUGCUCACUCCAUUCCCAACUCAUGAUCUUAUGAGUAUUCACUUUACUGAAAAAGCUAGUAUGUGACCCAAAAUGGUGUCCUUAUGUGCAGAGAGAGCGACAGCAAGUGCACAGAGAAAAGGCCACAUGAGGUCACAGAAAGAAGGUGCCAACAGCCAGCCAGGAGAGGCCUCAGAAGAAAUCAACCUUGCUAGCACCUUAAUCUUGGACUUCCAGUCUCUAGAACUGUAAGAAAACACUUUUCUGUUGUUUAAGCUAAAAAAAAAAAAAUGUUAAUACAUGAGCAUACAACAGUCUUGGCUGUAAUCUAUAGACUCUAUAUACCUAUCAGGUUAUAA